CGUUUACAACACUCACAGAGUCACAGAGGUUGCUUCACAACCGAAAAUAUCCCAAAACCUCAUCUUCAUCGACACCUCAAACUGUAGGUAUUUCAAUGGCGGCGAUUGUUUCCUUCGCAAAACCCACUUCCCGCUCAUGAAACCCGAACCCAAACCCUUCUCUCUCCUCUCCAUCAUCCACAACCGCAACCAUUCUCAUCUCGCCGCAAAACCUCAUCCUCUAAUGGCCCAAACCCCACCAUCUCCGGAUCCAAACUCGCCCCAACAAACCGACAACGACGACCACCAACAACCACCCUUUUCACCGCCCAGAAACCUCGCCGGAGAAACCCAGGUGGAGCGCGCGUGGGCUCACUGGACCAAAUUGGGCCGACCCAAGUUUCUAGUUGCCCCCAUGGUUGACAAUUCGGAGCUACCGUUUCGAAUGCUGUGUCGCAAGUAUGGUGCUGAGGGUGCAUACACCCCUAUGCUGCACUCGCGGAUAUUCACCGAGACUGAGAAGUACAGGAAGGAAGAGUUCACAACUUGCAAGGAGGAUCGACCACUGUUUGUUCAAUUCUGUGCUAAUGACCCAGAUGUGUUGUUGGAAGCUGCACGCAAGGUGGAGCCUUAUUGCGAUUAUGUUGAUAUUAAUCUUGGGUGUCCUCAGCGCAUUGCUAAACGAGGAUAUUAUGGAGCCUUCUUGAUGGAUAACCUUCCUCUUGUGAAAUCUCUCGUGGAAAAUUUGGCUCUCAACCUGCAAGUUCCUGUUUCGUGCAAGAUUAGGCUCUUUCCGAAUUUAGAGGACACUUUGAAGUAUGCUAGGAUGCUUGAGGAGGCGGGUUGUUUUCUUUUAGCUGUUCAUGGGAGGACAAGGGAUGAGAAGGAUGGGAAGAAAUUUCGAGCUGACUGGAAAGCCAUCAAGGCUGUGAAGGAUGCAGUUAGAAUCCCAGUCCUCGCGAAUGGGAACAUAAGGCACGUGGAUGAUGUUAGAGACUGUUUGGAAGAGACCGGUGUCGAAGGUGUGCUCUCUGCUGAGACUCUGCUUGAAAACCCAGCACUCUUUGCUGGAUUUCGAACUGCUGAAUGGGUGUCCGGCAGCGAAGGAACCAUUGUGGAUAGUGAAGGAACCAUUGUGGAUGGAAGGCUGGAUCAGGCAGAUCUAGUGAUAGAGUAUUUGAAACUUUGUGAAAAGUACCCUGUGCCAUGGAGAAUGAUUCGCUCUCAUGUUCAUAAAAUGUUGGGAGACUGGUUCAGCCUUCAGCCUCACAUCAGGGAGGAGCUUAACCAACAAUCUAAACUGACAUUCGAGUUUCUUUAUGACAUGGUGGAUCGGCUUAGGGCUACAGGUACAAGAAUCCCACUUUAUCUCAAAGAUGACCGGGUGGAAACGCUAAAGUAGACAGUUACGCAGGUUUUACACAGCAGAACACCAACAUUUGGGGUUCAAAUUUAAACCAGAACCAGAAUGAAAUUAUUUAUCUUGUGUUAAAGGUGAGGGUGCCUCGAGGUAAAGCCAGCUUGAAUCACAUGAUUUAGAUACAAUUUUGUAGCUAUUAGAAGUGAGAAUUACUAAAAUUACUAAUCUCUCGUGUUGUAUUUUACUUCAUUCUUAUGGCAAUUGCCUAUUGGCAGUGUUGUACAAGUGUGUUAAGACGCCGAUGCUUGCACUUAGCUGAUAAAUUUGUGUCCAUUAAUUUAACAUUUCAUAGCCUGGACCAGUUAAUGUUAAAGACUGCUUCAACGAUCUAAAUAAACACAUUUCUGUUCGAUUUA